CGUACACUAAUCGGCUUCCUGUUUACGUUUGUUGAGCACUUUCUCAGAGCGAGAAUAAACAGCAGACUUCACAAACUGAACCUGGAAACAGGCUCCGCGUUAGUUUUGUUCAAAACCCUCGCUGUCCGCGCGCCUGCAGCCGAUCCUGUCUGUUAGACAGGCCGUUUCAAUGCAUUUCAGACAAGCUUUAGCGCCGCGCAGAUGGACGCUGUUGAUCUGUUUUCAAGCUGCAGAAAGGGCGACAUUGCCAGAGUGAGAUACCUGGUUGAACAGAGGGAUGUAGAACUGAACAUCAGAGAUAAGUGGGACAGCACACCUCUGUAUUAUGCAUGUCUCUGUGGACAUGAAGAGCUGGUGCAGUACCUGCUUGCCAAUGGAGCAAAGUGUGAGGCGAACACGUUUGACGGUGAGCGCUGUCUGUACGGAGCGCUGAGCGACCCCAUCCGCCGCCUGCUCAAAGAGUACAAGCGCAUCACUGCGAAGGCCAUGCAGAGAGACUAUUAUGACCAGUUCCUGCAGACGCUUUUGGAGCAGGGAAACUACAGCGAUGUGACGUUUAUGGUGCACGGUGAGAUGUUCAAGGCCCAUCGCUGUAUCUUGAGUGCCCGAUCAGAAUACUUCGCACACAUGCUGGAGACCAAGUGGAGGGGGAAGUGUGACAUUACCCUCAAACAUCCACUGGUCAACCCUGCUGCCUUUGGUGCAAUCAUGCAGUAUUUCUACACCGGCCGUUUGGAUAUAGAUGUGAAUUACGUGGAGGACUGCAAGCGUUUGGCGAAACAGUGCAAGAUCAGCGAGCUGAUUGAGGAGCUGGAAGUGAAGUGCAAACAGGUCUAUGAGUUUGUGUCUAAUAAGCCCGGGACGUGUGUGAAGGUGUUGACUCUGGAUCCUCAUGACUCUCAGCUGCAGGAUGGGAUGGCUCUGCUGGCUGACAGCGCACUUCCUGCCGAGCUGCGGGUUGGAUACGGUCAGCUUCCUUUCGAUCUAACUGAUAGUUUUCCGAGUUACCCUGACAUCUGCUUCCGGGUGGAGGGCUAUGACUUCCUGUGUCAUAAGGCGUUUUUCUGUGGUCGCAGUGAUUAUUUUAAGGCUCUGGUGGAGGAUCAUUUCAGCGAAGGGCAAACUCUGCAGACUCAUCCCAGGAUCCCCGUCAUCACCCUUCAUGACGUGUCUCACGAUUUGUUUACAAGAAUCCUAUACUACAUCUACAGUGAUAACACUCAGCUCUCUCCUGAGAACGUUUUUGAGGUUCUGUGGGUGGCUGACAUGUACCUGCUGCCGGGUCUGAAGCGUCUGUGUGGCAGGACUCUGGCUGUGCUGCUCAACGAGGAGAACGUGCUGCACAUGUGGAAAACGGCCAAACUGUUCCGGCUCUCGCGUCUGGAGGACCAGUGCACUGAAUACAUGGCCAAGAUCAUAGAGCGGCUGGUGGAAAGGCCAGAGUUUGCUGACAUGAUCAGAGAGGAUGCUGGGAAUGUGGCCGCCAGGCAGGAAACCGAUUCCAUCCCUCUGGUAGACGAGAUCCGUUUCCACAUCGCCAGUGAUGUUCAGACGUACAGCGCCAUCGAGGAGGCCAACCAGAAACUGAGCGCCCUGGAGCUCUUGCUGGCCAGCAUUGGCCUGGAGUGCUGAGAAACACAAACGCUCACCGAACGCUUCACAUGCACAAAUAAUCCGUAGCAAACUAGCACCACGUUAGUAGUAACAAACUUAUAUGGUGGAUUCUAACCAAAAACAUGCAUCAUGUUGCAGUGUCCUGUUGUGAUGCAGUGAAGCUGCCUGUCUUCAGUUGUUUCUGUUGGUUUUUAUUGAACUAAAAGAGAGAUGAAAGCUUGACAUUUCACCAGAAGUGAGCUUUAUAUAUCAGAUCAAGUUCUUCCUGAUAUCUGGACAUACACUGUUCGUUCUUCCACAUGCGUCAUGACAGAUAUAUUUUUCAAGCUUUAUAAGAAACGUUAAGUUGGAGUCAAAAUGAUGCUGUUACAUCACUGAAUAUGAUUUGAGCCAGUGAUCAAUGAUUUGAUUCAGGAACGAAUGAUUUAUUGACAUGCAUUAAAGAAAAGGAGUGCAUUGAUAAAGUAUCUUAUUUGAGAUGUGUUCAUGAUAGGACUGACAAUAUUGAAAUCAUGUUGUUUGAUCCAAGAGUGAAUUCCGAACGGAUUUCACUUGCGUUC